AUGACGAGCCAACCUACCUCCAUCAAGCUCUACACUUUCAAAUCCCCAAACGGCCAAAAAAUCUCGAUUCUUUUCCGACUUCUCGGGAUCGAUUUUGAAAUCGUCAAGGUUGAUUUGACCAAAGGUGAGCAGAAAACCCCGGAAUUCAAAAAAUUGAACCCUUCAGAGACCAUUCCUGUGGUUGAAUUCGUCGAUAGCAAUGGAGUCAAACAAAUCUUUGGAGAAUCCGCGGUCAUCAUGAAGUAUUUUCUCGAUCACUACGAUACCAAUUACCAAUACCAUUAUCCGAACUCCGACCCGUUGUUCUACGAACAGUAUCACUGGGAAAUCUUCCAGGCCGCCACCCUUGGUCCUAGUUUAGUGACCAACUUCAUUGCCAAGUUGACCAAUGUCACCGGAGUGGGGAGAAAGGAGUUCCUUAAACGAGUCAACAAGUAUUAUGACAUCUUGGAUCAACAAAUUGCAAAGAACGGGACCGGAUACAUCAUCGGAGAUAAGCUAAGCGCCGUCGACGUCGCUUUCUAUUCUUGGGCCACCAUGUAUCCCCAAACCGCUGAGAAUGAUUGGGAUAGUGUUCCAAAUAUCAAGAAAUGGGUUGAUCUUUUAAGUGAACACCCUGCGAUUCAAAAAGGCACUGCCGACGUUAAUGAUGCCUUUCCAGACUUUUCGUUUUCUUAG